AUGAAGUGCAUCAUUGGAAUCGGAGGCGUAACCAAUGGUGGGAAAACAACUCUGACAAAUCGACUUCUCAAGUCAUUACCGAAUUGUUGUGUGAUACAUCAAGACGACUUUUUCAAGUCUGCAGCAAUGUUUUAUUGGUCACUGUUAUUGCAGCCCCAAGAUCAAAUAGAGGUCGGGGAAGACGGCUUUAGACAGUGGGAUGUGAUCACAGCUCUGGAUAUGGAGGCUAUGGUAAACACUGUGAAAGGCUGGAUUGAGAACCCAGUGAAGUUUGCCCGUUCACACGGCGUCAAUGUUUCACCUCUACCAGAGGAAUCUGAUCCUGAGAAUGAGAUCCAUAUUCUCAUUGUAGAGGGAUUUCUGCUCUACAACUACCAACCUUUGAUUGACAUAUACAACAAAUGUUAUUAUGUCACCAUUCCAUAUGAGGAGUGCAAAAGGAGAAGAAGCACAAGGACAUACACAGUCCCUGACCCUCCUGGUCUGUUUGACGGCCAUGUGUGGCCAAUGUACUUGAAGCACAGGAAAGAGAUGGAGAACAACUGCAGGGCUAUUCAAUAUCUUGAUGGCACAAAAUCCAAGGAUGAAAUCUACAGCCAAGUGUAUGAAGACAUCCAGAACACCCUGCUGAACAGUUUAUAG